AUUUUCAUCUUCAAGUUCAUGAGGUUGCGGGCUUGAAGGAGGUUUAUAAGGCUUGAGGAUGUAGCUGGAGUCGUCAGUCCGAAGCAUUGGAAACAGACUUCGCUUUCAUUGUCAAUUUCGAAAUAUGUGGGCUCGUAUCUUCACCGCCGCUUUGCUUCUUACUUCCGUCUUCUCUUUCAUCAUUGACAAGCGUGCUGCGCCUGUCGACCAAUUGGUCGGCUUCGCCACCCUCAACGGUAGUACUACUGGCGGCACCGGCGGUCCCACUACCACUGUCACCUCCUUGGCAGCUUUGCGCUCUGCAGUUUCUGGGACUUCUCCCAAGAUCGUUCAGGUUUCUGGCAUCAUCACCGGAGACGGUGAAGUCGUUGAUGUUGGUAGCCACACUACUGUCAUUGGUGUUGGCAGCAACUCUGGUCUGACUGGAGGAGGAUUUCGGGUCAAAAAAGGCACCAACGUCAUAUUCCGUAACCUUCGUCUAUCCAAGUCCCCUGCGCCGACCGACCUCAUUGAGCUUCAGACCUCGACCAAUAUCUGGGUUGAUCACAACACAUUCUCUUCGGAUCUUGACCAUGACAAAGACUUCUACGAUGGCCAGCUGGAUAUGAACCAUGGAACUGAUUUCGUCACCGUCUCCUGGAACAUCUUCACCGAACAUUUUAAGACUUCGCUCGUGGGAGGCUCCGAUAAUACUGGAGACGAGGACAGCGGCCACUUGAGGAUCACUUACCACCACAAUCUGUUCCAGAACGUUAAUUCGCGAACUCCUUCCCUCAGAUUUGGCACAGCUCACAUCUUCUCCAACUACUUCAACAGUGUCUUCGAUUCUGGUGUCGAUUCUCGUGACGGGGCUCAAACGUUGGUCGAGAACAACGUCUUCAACAGCGUCAAGAAGCCCAUUGAGACGACUUUGAACGGAGGCUUCUCCAACCAGCGAGACAACAUCUUCACUAACAGCACUCUUGACCCCGACCUCGCUGUUGGCACCUUGACCAGCGUCCCGUACAGUUUCACCCAAGAUGCCGCCAACACUGUUGUGUCAAUUGUGAAUGCCAACGCUGGAGCAGGCAAGGUGACCACCUUGCCGUAAGCACGGACGUCACGAUAAACACUG